AUGGUCUACCCCGACGGCGCUGGUGCUGAAGACAUUAGGCCGCAGCCCGCGAUCAGGCACAGGUUCGGUUGCUACGACGAAAUCACAGAAGUCGACAGGCGGCGCGUGCGACACUGCAAUUGGGUUCGCUUCCUCAGGGUUGUCCCCGCUUACACGGACCAAGUCAACUUGAUUGGAACGAAAAUAAAAGCUUUUAAAUGCCAGGAGCUUUUAACGCUCGAUGAUUUGACAGCGAGAGAGAACGCUCGGCUGGAACAAUGUUCGGCUACGCUCAAUUAUCAGCUCGUCGAUUCGAAUCUUAACUGA